AUGAAGUUUGAUGAUAUGUAUGGUGCUCUUCAGAGGGCUGAUUACCAAGAAAUUCUCAAAUGCGGUCGCUUGGACGAUACAGCUACGAGGCGAGAAUUUCUGACCAGAAGAACGGUUGGAAAAGCACCGAGGGAGCCUGCAUAUACCUUUGACAGCCGAGAUGAGUAUUUCGCAACUCUGAGCGUCGAGGCACGCAUUACACAAGAGUUGGAAGAACGUGACCAGAGAAAAGAUUUUGAAUGCACGGCAAUGGUCCAGAGGUUGUCACGCCAUAACCGACCCAUCUUCAUAGCUAUGCUCUCGAAGGUGAAAAAGGAAACUGCUCAGGAGAUUGGCAAGGGUGACAACGCGGAGAUUUCUUGGAAACUUCCUGGCGACUCUACAUUCAAAGCUGGGUGGAAGCUCAAAUUUAACGAGACUAUUCCAGGUUCGCGGCCCGAUGAGCUGGUUGGCACCCUGGAUGAAGGCGGCAUUCUGGCCAAAGAAGGUCAGAAACAGAAGUGGGGACCAUUGAUCUUCAAAGUCAACAUAAUUCCUCGACAUUCCCGAUAUGUAUACAUCUGGGAUGCCCAACAACGAUUACAGUCUCCUGGUCGGUUCGGUGUUAUCAUGGACUUUCUGAUGGCCAAAGAUUUGGAGAAGAACGUUCGUACUUUCAACAUUUAUCAUGGCUUGGGGGACCAAAAUUUGGUCAAGGACGAGGUGUUCCAACUGAAUGAGAGUCAACUUAAGGCCAUCGAUCUUGCACGACAUGCCCCAGCUGGGUUUGUCCUUGUUCAAGGUGGCCCAGGCACCGGCAAAACGCACUUUGCCACUGAGGCAGUUCUUCCCUUCUUUCGUGACACCAAGAAGCACCAUUUACUCCUUACUUCUGCCGGAAAUCGUGGCGCCGAUGCUAUGGCCGAAGCGCUUUACCAGCGGACGAAGUGCCUGAUUGGGAAAGGAAUCUCGCCUGGAGCGAUUGUACGGCUCCAUAGCAUCAAGACGGAAAUCUCAAUAUUUCUGCGUCCGGCGAGGAUGGCGCGAUAUGGGACCUCUGAUGACCCCCAAAUCUCUGAUCAGGCCAGAGGCAAACACAAAGACGAGACUACAAUGCUUAUUGAGCACUUCGCAAGCACCAAGUUCGCAGAAGUUGAUGACGACAGGGUGCAGCACCUUCAUCUGGCUCUUGGAACCCGAAUGCAACAAGCUCUUGGUCUGCAGAAGGAUGGUACUUUCACCGCACCGACAAAGUAUCCAGCCCUCGAGGUGCUGUACAAGAGGUACCUGCGGGGCGAGAAAUGGACAGCGAAAGAUCAGACACUACUCGAAGAAGAAAGUGAAAUCCUCGCGCGCCACACAAUCAGCAAUGCUACUGCAAUCUGUUCGACCGUGGCCGGUGCAAUGGACAUCAACGUUACCCGAGCUUACGGCAGUCUUGCAGAGCUCAUAGUGGUUGAUGAGGCUGCAAGGAUACCGGAGUAUGACUGGUGGCCACUUAUCGCAUUCUAUACGAAUGCUCGCGGCAAACUUAUGAUUGGAGACAAAAACCAGCUCCCGCCCUUCAUUGGACAGACUCAGAGGGACAACCCAUUCAAAGCACAAAUCGGACUAUCGCUUCAAGAGAGAAUCCAAAAGUCAUGCUCCGAUCAGAAUCUGGAAUGGUCUGGAUUCUUCAGAACCCAGUAUCGAGCUGUCCCGCAGGUCGCACAAGUAUACAACCAAGCAUUCUAUGGUGGCCGCAUCAGCUCAGGUAUUUCACUUGAGAGCCGUACCCUGGCCAAGCAGAUUGUCGGACACAACAAGAAGUACUAUGGUGGUGCGCAUGACCGCUCUGUUUUGUUUGCGAACUUGCCUGAAGCAAGAAACCAGCAAGACCAUAGUUCAAGAUACUGUGAUCUUUCGGCUGCCGUCAUCCUGAACAUCCUAGAAAGGCUGUUGAAAGAUGGGUUUGGGACGACCAAGAUGUGCUCCAUGGCCAUCCUUGUCCCAUAUCACGCUCAACGAAAGCGCCUGAAGGCGGCCAUGGCCAAGAUGGCUAUCGAAUUCCCAGCGACUGCUCACGUUGUUUUGGAGACAGGAGAUACAGUUCAGGGAAGAGAGUUCGAUGUUGUCUUGCUCGAUCCUGUUGUAACAUCAUCACCCGGCUUUCUCAACAAAAACCGACUCAACGUUUUGGUCUCUCGUGCUAGAGAUGGCUUGUACGUCGUAGGAAACUCGGAUCAAUGGGACAGAAUGCUCUAUGAGGAUUCGCAGCCCCUCAAGGCCAUUAGAAGACAACUUCUCGAGUUCGGCGUGACAUGGACUGGAGAUCAAACCUCCAGAUUCUACGAUCCGGAGACGUUUCGCUGUCACCGAGACGCAUACGAUUCAGAUUGA